CGGUAUGCGCAGAGGAAACCAGUUCGAGGUGUUCUGAGCUCGGAGGUAGCGCGUCUGCUUUCAGGGGUCACGGUCCAGACGGAGGGAGAUCGUUUAUAUUUUGCUACUUUGAGGAAUAGACCAAAAAGCACAGUCCAUAUCCACUAUUUCUCCAUCGAUGAGGAGCUGGUCUAUGAAAAUUUCUAUGCAGAUUUCGGACCUCUGAACUUGGCAAUGGUGUACAGAUACUGCUGUAAGCUGAACAAGAAACUGAAAUCAUACAGUUUAUCAAGAAAGAAAAUAGUGCAUUACACCUGCUUCGACCAGCGGAAAAGAGCAAACGCAGCAUUUUUGAUAGGUGCUUAUGCCGUCAUCUAUUUGAAGAAGACUCCGGAAGAGGCCUACCGAGCGCUCCUGUCCGGCUCCAACCCCCCCUACCUUCCGUUCAGGGAUGCUUCCUUCGGAAACUGCACGUACAACCUCACCAUCCUCGACUGUUUGCAGGGCAUCAGAAAGGGAUUGCAGCACGGAUUUUUCGACUUUGAGACUUUCGACGUGGAUGAGUACGAACACUACGAGCGAGUUGAAAAUGGUGACUUCAACUGGAUCGUUCCGGGGAAAUUCUUAGCAUUUAGUGGACCGCAUCCAAAAAGCAAAAUUGAAAACGGUUACCCCCUCCACGCCCCCGAGGCCUACUUCCCUUACUUCAAAAAGCACAACGUGACGGCCAUCGUGAGGCUGAACAAGAAGAUCUACGAGGCCAAGCGCUUCACGGACGCGGGCUUCGAGCACUACGACCUCUUCUUCAUCGACGGCAGCACGCCCUGCGACAACAUCGUGCGCAGGUUCCUGAACAUCUGCGAGAACACGGAGGGGGCCAUCGCCGUCCACUGCAAAGCCGGCCUGGGCAGGACGGGGACGCUGAUCGCCUGCUAUGUCAUGAAGCACUACAGGUUCACGCACGCCGAGGUCAUCUCCUGGAUCCGGAUAUGCCGGCCCGGCUCCAUCAUCGGGCCCCAGCAGCACUUCCUGGAAGAAAAACAAGCAUCGUUAUGGGUCCAAGGAGACCUUUUUCGAUCCAAAUUGAAAAAUAGACCGUCCAGCGAAGAAAGUAUUAAUAAAAUUCUUUCGAACUUGGAUGACAUGUCUAUAGGUGGAAACUUAUCCAAAAUACAGAACGUGGAGCGAUUUGGAGAGAACAACUUAGAAGAGGAUGAGGAUGUGGAAAUGAAGAACAGCAUAACCCAGGGAGACAAACUCCGUGCCUUAAAGAGCCAGCGCCAGCCACGCUCCUCGCCGCCCUACGCCUUCAGGUUGGACGAUAUGAAAGGGCACCCGAGGGCAGUGGUGUGCCAGCCUUUCAGACUGGCUUCUUCCUCACAAGGAUCUGUGUCUGCUCUGAAGAUAUGCAAACUGGCUUCGUCCCCGUCCGCCACGGCCAAGCGGAUCACCAGGGGCACCUUGGCCUCGGGCGCCAGUGGGAGAAGCUUCUCCGUGAACUCGCGGCUGGCCAGCUCCCUGGGGAACCUGAGCGCGGCCGCGGAGGACCCCGACAGCAGGAAGACCCCGGCCUGCAAGGGGCCCCCCGCCGCCCCCAGCCCCCGGGCCUCCGUCACCGGCCUGUCCUCCUCCUCGGCCCGGUUCCUGAGCCGGUCCAUCCCCUCCCUUCAGUCUGAGUAUGUUCAUUACUAAGGCCCUGCCGUCGGGACCGCUGCUCUUAGCGCCACUGCUGCACCGGGACCAGCGCCAGGACCGGCUGCGGCACACGGAUACCUCCGCCGUCCUCCCUCUCGUUAAAGCGACCUUCAGGGGACCGGCCGCCGGCCCAGACCGCGCACAGGCACUGAGGCUGUGCGACCCCCACUUCUGAAGACCGUUUUAACUGGGCUCGGUGAUUUCGAAGGGUUAUUUUUCAUGUACUGCGGGAAUCCUUUCUUAUUACAUGUACCUGUACAGUGUCACAUGAUGUAUGUAUUGUGAACGUAAAAAGCCUAUUUUGAUAAAUUUAUAAAUAUUUACAAUGAUGGAAAAGCUAGACUAUAUUUUGACUUAGGUUUUCUUGCUCUUUGCUACCAAAAAAAGAACUCAUUUGUAUUUUGAAUUUGUGCAGCACGCUGUUCAGUACGAUGAGCCGCCACCCUCUGGGGGGGAAGGCCCGAGGGAGGCCCGUUCGGAGAGGGGCUGUUCCCCGGAAUGUGGCCGGCAGGCCCUCCUUUCGGGGGAGUCGGCCCAAGGUCAGGAGCUGCCCAGGUUCCUCUCCCGGACAGCCUCAGCCUCCGGCCUGGCUCCGGACGCGUUUUCCCUUUGUUUUUGUUGCUGAGCCGCUUAGUUUUGCACCCUCGGGGCUUUCUGGACACUGAGCACCUCGCCGCCCGCACUCGCUGGGUGUUGCUCCCGAGAGGGCUCCCCCCCGAGAAAGGACUCAGGGCUCCCAAGCUAGGAGGAUGGCUGCUCUGGGUACAAGGCAGCGCUGGGGCCCGUGAUCGCACGUGGCCAGGCACCAGUGUCCAAAUCCAGGAAGAGAAACAGUGGGAAAGGAUGCUGCUGGGUCGUUCUCUGUGUUUCAGAGAGAAGGGGCCCUGGGCUCGCAGCUGGCCUGGGAGGACCCCCCACCCAGGGGCCCUGGGCUCGCAGCUGGCAUAGGAGGACCCCACAGGGGCCUCGCUCGGAGGUCUGCGGGCUCAUUUCCUGGGGAGUCGGGGCCUGCCUCCCGAUUCCCCGUUGCGCACCCAUUGAGUUAUUUAUAGUGUAUUUAUUAGGACGGGUACCUCCAGACUGUCACAUGCGCUUCAGCAAAACAUCUUGUUUGUUUUAUGUUUUACACUUUUAAACAGGCAUUUGAAUGAAUGUUUGACUCAGGUGGGUUAGCUUAACCUUCAAGAACGACAGUACCAAAUAAUUGCACUAAGUUGAUUUAAAAUAAAGAGAAUGUUUUUAGGGAUCACAAAUUAUGGAAUUAAAUUGUAUACUUUUUCUAAACCUGAAAUAGUGAAGUAUUUUAUUAUGAGUUAUUGUAUAAAAAAAAGAGAGACUGGUGAAUUGUACAGGCUGUUGAUAGUAUUUUUUUAAAAAAACUGAUCAGUGGGACACAAUCCAGGUGACAUCGGAGAAGUGGGAAAGGGAACCACAUUGACAUUUUAGUUCUGUGAACACUAGUUUGUGUGCAGCUAUGAAAAUGAUUGUAAAAUUGACUGCUGUAAAUUUCUCAUACGUAUGUGUGUAUGCUCGUCAUAUGUAUCUACAUGUGUACGUCUUAAAAAUUAUUAAUACACAUGUGCAUACAUAGACAAACCAAGAAGAGUAUGUAUAUAACAUAGAAAGUAUAUAGCAAAGUAAUUCUACUGCAAUAAAAAUUGUUUGACAUGUAUUUUGUUAUGAAUAGUUUACCUUCCAAAAGAUAUUCUGUUCUAUUUUAAAGUGUAGAAGGAUACACUGCUAAUAAAUAAUAAAAGUUUUAUGCCAUUCA